UAAUGACAUCAUGUUUAGUGAAGGUAAUCCAUACAACAGAGUUUUCUUAAAUGGUCUAAGAUCCCUUAAAAACUUCAUUCUAAGGUUUGUUCAAUUAUGGAACACAUAGUGAUAUAAUGCUUUAAAUUAAUGAAGAAAUUGUAAAUGAUAUUUUAAUAAUAAGCCAAUUCCAUUACACAAAUGUAUUCUAGCUGGUAGAUCACCAAAAUUUAAUGGAAUGUUUUCUUCAAAUAUCAUUGAGACCAAUUAAAAAUUAGUUAAAGUUGAACAAAAAAACCUGAUUUAUAUAAAGUUAUGUUAUAAUGGAUAUAUUGUGGGUACUGGAAGGAAGUACUUUAGAUUUUUAGUUAGAGUAGUUUCCAGAAGAGAUAGAAGACACUUGUGAUU